AUCAGAUCAGAUCGUCGUCACUUUUUGGGUACAUUACAUAAACUUACAUUCAUUUCCUGGGGACUUACCCUAACCAUAACCACUACUUGUCCAAACCUACCCCCAAAUUUGUUCCUAAAAGUAGCCUAUGACACACACACAAACACAGUGCGGAGGUGGGGGGCGUGGUCGUGGCGCAGACAGCUGCAGAGCAAACUGCUGACAGGCUUCUUCAUCGCAGUCUCAGUGUGUGUUUUUUUUUUGUGAGGACGUGAUGCCUGCAAAGCAAACAGUUGAGGAGAUGUGCACACACACCGCAGGCUAAACAACACACCACACUUCCUUGACUUCUCAGCCACGACAGCGUUUGACAUCCAGCAAGUUCUUCUUUUUUUUUUUUUUUUUACUACUGUAAACUUUUGCACACUGACAGACAGAUAAGCAGCAUUUCGGUAGAGCGAGCGAGGAUGACACCGGUACAAUCGGAACGACAUUUUAACAGACUUUUCCUGUGCGGGUUGAUUUUCUAUCUGCGGGACUCAACAGUGAGUUUAUAGCGACUUUUUUUCAACACUGCUUACAUCACAGUUAUACUGAGAGUCAGUGUUUAGUGUAACUGCUCAUCACUUGUGCGCAUUUUACUGUUUAGUUCGGUAAAAUGUUGUAUAAAGUAUGAUUUACAGGCUAUUUUUUGCAUAUAUAUGUAGAUCCAUCAGUACUGCUGUCAAUGGCCAAACCCUUCACAUUUUGUAAUCGUCUCUUUUCCACGCGCGACCCAUUAAUUGGAGACAUCACCGUUCCAUCCGUUUAACGCGCGCGCUCUCAACCGGAGCAGCUAUGCAGCACGAGCGCUUGCUGAAAGUGUUGGUCAUCGGCGACCUGGGAGUCGGGAAAACGUCCAUCAUAAAGAGAUACGUCCACCAAGUGUUCUCCCAGCACUACCGGGCCACCAUCGGAGUCGACUUCGCCCUCAAAGUGCUCAACUGGGAUCACAAGACGGUGGUGCGGCUGCAGCUCUGGGACAUCGCCGGACAAGAACGCUAUGGCAACAUGACACGUGUGUACUACAGAGAGGCCGUAGGGGCUCUCGUCGUCUUCGACAUGACCCGACUCUCCACGUUUCAGGCCGUCCUCAAGUGGAAAGGAGACCUGGACUCAAAGGUCGCCCUGAGCAACGGGAGGCCGGUUCCAGUUGUUCUACUGGCCAACAAAUGUGACCAGCGGCGGCACGGUUUGUGCCCUAAACUGCCCAAACUGGAGAACUUCUCCAGGGAGUACGGAUUCGUCGGCUGGUUUGAAACCUCUGCCAAGGACAACACCAACAUCGACGCGGCCAUCACGUGUCUGGUGAAGAACAUCAUGUCCGUGGAGGAGGAGAGGGCCUUGAGUGACGCUACAUCCAAAAACGAACCGGAAGGCAGCGUUCUGGUGCUGCCUCGCUUCGACUACAAUGUGAAGGAGAAGGGACUCGGUGGGUGUUCGGGAUGCUCCGGUCUCAAACCCAGAGACGCAGACAACGACUGAAGAAGAGAUCGGUCUGAACUGAGAGACUUAGUUGAAUAAUUUAUAUGUUGUAACUUAAAGUUACAUCCCCUCCCUCCCUUUAUCCUCACAAAUGCAUUUUAUUCAGAGAUGUCAGAUGAAAUAUUUUGGGUUUUUAUUCUAAGACAAAGAUUUGAAAAAGUUAAACUGUCUUUUAAGGAUUUUUGUGAAAAAUCCAUCAAACAUCUUUUGUACAAGACUGUAAUUAUUAUCUUUUUAUAACAAUAGAGUCAAAAUAUUUGUUUCAUUGUUACAAAACUUUACUGUAUUAAUUUUAAAAUGUGAUAAUAAAAUGGUUUACAGGUUUGAAAGAACGUUUAGGGCUCAGCAACAUUUUUAAAGUGUAAAACAUUUACAAAGAAGUUGAAUUUCUUAUUUUGUGAUGACAUGUUGGAAUAAAAUCCAUUGGUUUGUUAAUAACAGAUUAAAAAUCUAAUUGUAAAAACAAUCGCAUAUUCAUAAGAGUGCACUU